GCGGCGGAACGCGCUAGUGGCGCGCGCCCUCUGUAAACGAAAAGAAUUCUGCGGAAGACUAGAGCGGUGCUCUCGGUUCUCGUGGCAGCUUGGGGUUACCCACCUGUUGUGGAAACAGCACUGCGCACGCGGUACGGGCCGCCCCCCCUCCCCCCCGCCAGUUUUCUUGAGUCGCACGGUGACGCCAUUCCGGAGCGCGCCAAUCAGGGCUGGCUGGAGGGCGGGCUCUUCAAAUUUGAAUUCCGAAACUUGUGUCAGAGAGCCUCUCUGAGGAAGUGAGGGUCACCUGUGGCCGGGCUACGGGGGGCUGGAGCCGACUUGGGCCAGAGGCGCGAGCCCUGGGGCGCCCGGCCCACCCCCGUGCGAAGCCAAGCCUGGACUGCCGCCUUCUAGCUCUAUCAGGCCCUUCACCCAGGGUUCCUCUGGGCCCCUGCUGAAAGUCUCCUAUCCUGAAAACUGUGGUUAAGUGAAUUAUCUGUUAGAGAAAACUUAUUGCUACUGUUUAUCAAGAUGAUUGCAACACCUUUGAAACAUCCAGGAAUUCAUUUGUCUUCAGAGACAUCUUCUCAAAGAAGAAAUAUGCCUAUGCAUGCAGUCUUUUUUGACAACAUUCCUGCAGGCACACUUACUCCUGUAAAAGAUUUGGCAAAAUAUCAGAACCCCUCUUUAAAAUUGAAUGACCAUGAAAAAACUCAUUUCCUAGAAAUGACAAAUUUUAAUAAUAAAAAAAUAUUUCAUUCUACCAUGCUAGCAGAGACUACCUCCUCUAACAGCUCUCUUGAUAUCAGUGUUAUAAAGCCCAACAAGGAUAGAUUAAAAAAUAAAGCAAACUAUGAAUCACCAGGAAAAAUAUUUCAAAGAAUGAAAGAAAAAGUACUGCGUGACAAGCAAGAACAAGCGUCAGGCAACAGUAGUUUGUUGGAACCAGUGAAAAGUGAAAAGAAAAUUUUCACUCCCAAAGGAGAUGAGAAAAGAGUAUUGCAGAAUACCUGCGUCUGUGAAGAAAAGGAAAACAACAUAUCACUCCAAUCAGAUAACAUUUCACCAAGAGUGCAAGAAGUUCCUCUAGAAUCAUCAAAUAGUACUUUCCUUCCGAUAAAGCAAAAGAUUCAAUGUCAGCAGGAAAAGAAAGCACCUCUGCAUAAUUUAACUUAUGAGAUUCCAUUUCCGAACCAAGAACAUGAAAAUGUUUCAGCUGCAGGAUUCUCAAACAAGACAUUACCUAGAACUCAGUUGGAUAAACAAAUUCUUCACUCAAAGGAGAAUACAUUUGUAACCACUAAGUCUAAAAAGGACACCUUUGUUUUAGAAGGUGUUGAUUCUAUCAUUGAAAAAUCCCAAAAUACUACUGUUGAGACUCUAAAUACUAACUGUGUUCCUGUUAAAAAUGAUGAUCAGUUAAUGGUUUCUGAUAGUAAAGUGGCAACAAAAAGGACUUCACAACAGGAAAUUAAGGAAGGAAAUGAGAACUCAGUGCCCAGAGAGACCGAUCUUCUGGGUUCCAUGAAUGAUACAUGUAAAAUCGUGCUUGCAACUCCAAGAUUUCAUAUAACAAUACCUCAGAAAUCAAAAAGAAAUGCUUCAAAUCGUUCUCUUCCAAGUACACCUCAAACUCUUUCAAAUGAAGUUAAAGAAAUUAAGGUGGUCCAACUACAGGAAUGGAUGAUUAAAGUCAUCAAUAAUAAUACUGCUAUAUGUGUAGAAGGAAAAUUGACAGACAUCACUAACAUAUAUUGGCACAGUAAUGUAAUUAUAGAACGGAUUAAGCACAACAAACUUAAGACUUUAUCAGGCAACAUUUAUAUAUUAAAAGGGAUGAUAGACCGGAUUUCCAUGAAAGAAGCAGGAUAUCCAAAUUAUCUCAUAAGGAAGUUUAUGUUUGGCUUUCCAGAAAAGUGGAAAGAGCAUAUUGAUAAUUUUCUGGAACAAUUAAGGGCUUGUGAAAAGAAAGAGAGAAAGGCCAGACAAAAACAGAAAACUGGAAAAUUUGUCCCUGACAUACAAAAAUCAGCGAAAAAUAAUGCAAGAGAAAACCAAACAGAUGUUCUGCAAAGAGCCAGCACCACUUAUGACAUUGAUUGUUGUCAUUUGGAACUGAAGAAUGGUAAGCGCAGGAGGUUGCCAGCAGCCCCAGAAUUAAACGUGUGCCAUGAUAAUUGCCAAAAUAAACCACGAUUAAGGCUCUCAGAUGACCAAAGGCAUAAUACUUGUCAAAAUGGAGGAGAAAAUGACUUAACUAAUCAGGAAAUAAUUGGAAAGAAAGCAUACGAAAAGUUGUCUUCAAAGAAACUUGAAAAUUGUGAAAGAACAAAUGAAAGGAUAAUUAAAAGUCAGAAGCAAGAGAGAACUGAAGAAUCGAAUGUAUCCAUUGACAUUCUGACCUUAAGGCAACCGUUUUUCUUGGACGAAGAAAGAAAAUGUAUGGCUCUUAAUCCGAAGAAAGCUUAUAUUUUAAUGACACCACUUAAAUCUAAAAAAGUGAUAGAACAAAAAUGCAUGAAGUAUAAUCUGUCUUAUAGCACUAUUAAAGCAGUUACAGAUUUUGCAGUGCCAAAGCAUCAAAAAGAAAGUAAAUCAGACUUAAAUGAAACUACCAGUUUGAUCAGUAAGCCCACAAAAACCUUAAAAAAUGCAUUUGAGUUUAGUGAGGGCCAUGAAAGUAAAAACAAGGAAGACUGCAGUGAAUGUGAUUUACUCACUGUCAACCAGAAAAUCAAAAUAUCUAGUCCUAAAAAAGGACGAAUGGUCACCUCUGACUUUAAGAAAAAUGCAAGGUUGUUACCAAAAUCGAAGAAAAUAAAAAAUGUGUCUAUGUCAUUUUACAAGCAGCAGUCCUCAUCAGAUUUGUCUAGUGAAGAGAGUGAAACAGAAAAGGGAAUUAGAAGGAAAGCUGCAGUUGGUAAGAAAAAUACAGCAAGAAAUCCUGAAGAAACAGUGGUUCACCUGAGGAAAAGCACAAGAAACACCACAAGGAAAAUCCCAGUGAUUUCUGAAUCUGAAACUGAAGAAAGUGAAAGUGAAUUUUAUAUCAAACAAAAGAAAGCUAGAUGUUCUGCUAAAGAAAAUCUUCAGAAGUCUGGUAUUAGGAAUGAGUUUCCAGUUAUUGAGGCGAUCAGAUCUGAUGAGACAAACAGGCAUCCCUUUGAAUGUUUUCCUGGUUUAAUUCAGGAUGAGGAAUGGAAUGAGAAGGAAUUACAGAAACUUCAUUGUGCUUUUGCAUCUUUUCCAAAGCACAAACCUGGUUUCUGGUCAGAUGUAGCAAUGGCUGUAGGUUCUCGAUCUGCUGAAGAAUGCCAGAGGAAAUACAUGGAAGACCCCAGAGGAAAAGAAUCCCAGAAACCUGUCACUAAGAAAAAACCAGUUAAUCCCAAAGGCCAAAAUGGCAAAAUAGGUGAUGCCGAUAAGAAGCAAAUGAUUAAGAUAACUGCCAAAGUGGGAACUCUUAAAAGGAAGCAGCAAAUGAGGAAUUUUCUGGAACAGUUGCCAAAAGACGAUCAUGAUGAUUUUUUCAGUACAACACCUUUGCAGAACCAGAGAGUAGUGUUGCCAAGUCUCCAGGACAGUGCAGAAGAGGAUGAUAUUCUGCCCAGUAUGGACAAAAAUCCAACAACUCCAUCAUCAGUUGUCUUUCCAUUGGCAAAAACUCCUCAGUGUCAGCAUGUCAGUCCUGGCAUGCUAGCCUCUAUAAAUAGGGAUGACUGUGAUAAAUAUGUUUUUCGUAUGCAAAAAGAACAUAAAAGUAAAGGUGGCAUUGUCUGGGGCAAUAUCAAGAAAAAAACAGUUGAAACUGAGUUUUCAACUCCAACAUCAAGGAAAAAAACUCUGUAUAACAAAGAAUUAGGAGAACACUCUGGUAUUGGAAAACUUUUCACCAAUGCUAUGGAGUCUUUAGAUGAAGAAGAGAAAGAUUAUUAUUUUUCAAACUCUGAUUCUGCAUAGUAUAAAUGAGAAAAUAUUUCCAGGAUUUUUGUCAAGAAGCAGACAGUGUUUUAUAUCUUUUUUUUGGAAUACAUAUUAUUUUCCUUAUAAUGUACCUUCAUAUGAAAUUGUGGAUUCCUUCUCAAAGGUUUUAGGUGUUUGUAUUCAGAGUAAAACAUCCUUCUGUAGAAUGCUGUUCAUUGAUAUAGGUUACUAAAAUAUAAGGAAAAUUGUUUUGCUUGUAUACAUACUUGUAUAUUUCUGUUUUUUGAACAUUAAAAUAUUCUAGAUAAGUCUCUCUUAAGCAUCUGUUUAAGAAAAUCAUGUCCUAAACAGAUUUUUUUAAAAAGCUCCCAAGAAAAUGUUGCUACCCUUAAGGGGUAGGGGAGGGGAAAUAAAAAGUAGACUGUAUUGCUGGCUACAAAUUCAUGACAACUGUAUUAGCAUUUGUUACCACUUGAUUUUUUCCUUAAAACUUAUCUUUGGCACAGCUAUGAACCCUAUGUAAAUUUAGUACUUUUAUUAGUUAGAAUCAGAGAAUAAAUUUUGUCACAUUAAGCCUUAUUUACAUAUGCCGACAUUCAUAGUUUACAUUUGGCCUUAGUAUUAAAAAGACUGGAUUAGACGUUCACGUAAUUGAUCUACCAUUAUAAAGAGUCAAGUUAAUAUGCCAUGUCUUAAUAAAACAUUAUUUUCCUCCUUUCAGACAGCUCCUUUGGAAAUAAACUUUAGCUUAUUCUGUCAUUCUGUUUUAAAAUUUGACAGAAUAUUUCUCCUCUGGUUACAGUAUAUAUUCACUUACCCUUUCCAGUUAGAUUGUUCAAAUAAAUUUUGCUUUUAGAACAUU